GAAAUAUCGAUCGUUUCUUCCGCGACGAUUUCCUGUCGACGAAAGUCACAAUUUUAGUAAAAAAUUAAAACGAUCUAAAAAUCCGUCGAUACGGGAAAGUUUUUAACGCGUAAAAUACGAUAGAGAACGAUUGAAGAAACUCGCCAGACGAGAAAUCCACUGUACGCUACUAAUCGACGAUACAUAUUUCUUUUAACGUCGAUCAAUUAUAGCUUUUACAUUGUCUCUCUAUGUUAUUUUUAAUUUUCUUGCCUUCUCGAUACCUCGCGUUAGAAGAAGCGCGUGUAUAUAAACAUGCCUAUAGAAAUACAUUGAUCGCAUUGAUGGUAUCACGCGUAUUUAUAUUUAUUCGUUCAUCCUGACAUACGUGGAAAGAUCUUUCGCUGUUGUCCUUUGGAAGUUGUUUGAAAAAAUAAAGAAAAAAAAAAACAAAGUUAAAGGAACACCCACUUUCCCACGUAGAAGCGUUUACGCAUAUUGAAACGUUUCGUUAUCGCGAUUCCUAUUCGACGCGGUCCUCGUAAUAUCAAACUUCUUAUCAGAUGCGUCGCACGAAUCGCGAUAUCCUCUCUCGUUCACGAUCGCAGAUAAAGCAUGACGAUUCGUUGAUGACGACUUUUCUAUUCGUACGCGUACUCUUGCGGCACGAGAUUUUAGUUGCCGGAGUCGGUGGCAGAACGUACCGCUAAACGCAGAAGGAGGAAGUAAAGAAGAAAACAAAUACGGGGUGCUCGUUUACGUAUAGUUCGCGGCCGCGGGGCGUACGUGGGUGCAUGGAAGAAGGAAACGAUCCUGUCAUCGGAAGGAACGAAGGAGAACGAGGCGGCGGGCCAGGGUGGCUCCGCUAACGGCAGGGAGGCCGUUGAGAAAAUGUCGAGCACCGCGGCGAGUCCCGAUGGGAUGGCUUUGCAGUCGCACUAUUCCCUUCGAUGGAAUAAUCAUCAAAAUCACAUAUUACAGUCCUUCGAGGCGCUUUUGCACGCGGAGAUACUCGUCGACGUGACGCUGGUUUGCGCCGAAACUAGUCUCAGGGCGCACAAGGUCGUUCUCAGUGCUUGCAGCCCCUUCUUCGAGAGAAUAUUUGCGGAACAUCCGUGCAAGCAUCCGGUGAUCGUACUGAAGGAUUUCCCCGGUCACGAAGUCGCGGCAUUAAUCGACUUUAUGUAUCGCGGGGAAGUGCGAGUCGGUCGAGAAGAAUUGGCAGGACUGAUGAGAGCGGCCGAGAGUCUGCAGGUCCGGGGACUGGCUUCGUCGGAACCGAGGCCGGCAUCACCGCCGGACACACCAGUGGCCGAUCUUCUUCUCGGCGAGCCAUCCACGCCCGAGGAAACUAGACAGGAUACUCAGGAAGACGACGAUAAUGCGUCGGAGAUCGCAGCAGCAGCAGCCGCGGCCGCGGCAGCGACAGCGGCGGCGGCUGCGGCAGCGGCAGCACGGGCAUCGAUCAGAGAAACGAUCACGACGCCUAUAAGAACGAUCUUCCAUUCUUCGAGGGACCAUCGCGAUAGAUUACCGCACAUGGCUCAUCUGAGCUUUGGCAUACGGGAGCUAAGGGAAGCCUGCAGUUCCCCUCUUAUGCCACGUCGGAAACAGGCAAGACCACGCCGAAGAUCCGGAGAAUUGGUACCGCAAGACUUGAGCAGGCCGCAUCCACCGCCAAGUCUGAGCCCACCGUUUUCCUCUUUGAAUCUGACCAAUAAUCAGCAACAGAGUCAACACCAUCAAGGUCAACACCAUCCACAGGCAUCGUCGAAUGCUACGAAUCAGCAGCAGCAGCACCAGCAGCAGCAUCAACAACAACAACAACAACAACAACAACAGGAGGAAAUGGCAGAGAAUUUGUCGAUAAAGAGAACAAUCUCGCCGAUAGCCCAAGACCAGCAGCAGCAGCAGCAGCAACAACAACAACAACAACAACAACAACAACAUCACAGUCAGCAGCUGCAUCAAGUAAAGACCGAAAGUAGCGAGGCAGCGAGUAGUCCGCGAGGGUCUCCCCUUACCGGUACGAGUCUUCUCCAUCUCGAUGGUUCACCCCAAGACAUCCCAUCGGCGGCAGCCGCUGCCGUUGUCAGUAUACCUGGUAUGUCGGCGUUGUCGUUGACUCCGCCGCAUCAUCACAGCGAGUAUCUAACGAGUUUGGGUCAAUUGGCGGCCCAGUGGCUUCCUCAGAAUCACCCGCAAAGUCAGCUACCACCGCCGCCAACGCAAACUCAUCAUUCGCGGGACGACAGUCCUCUCGGUUCCGCUAGAAACACGCACGCCUAUCAACAACAACAACAGCAGCAGCAACAGCAGCAGCAACAACAACAACAACAACAAGAAUCAUCGCUGACGUCUAGACGUGGCUCGAUCGCGGCGAUGUUUCCCCUCGACAGCGUUGCGUCUUUGAGCGGUGGACUCUUUCCUCACGGUACCGCCAUCGAUAGGGGAUCCCUCUUAGCGGAUCUCCACGAAAGUUUUAAACCGGAACAGUUACACGGAUUAUUCGGACCGGCCACCUUGACGACUCAUCCUUCCGGUAAGAAGAAAAAGCAUAGAACCGACGGCGACGCACCGAGAAGAUGGUCGGAUCAAGGAGGACGUGGUUUGCCGGUUGGAAGACCAAAGGGUCAACACAGCGCACCCCGAGGCGGCCCACCAAGAUCUUGGACUAAUGCCGAACUUACCGAAGCAUUGCAACACGUUUGGAACAAGAAGAUGACGACGUCUCAGGCAAGUCGAAUAUUCGGCAUACCAUACAACAGUUUGUUGAUGUACGUGCGCGGUAAAUACGGAAAGAGCUUGAAGUUGGAGCAAUUGAGAAGAGAUUGCACCGGAGCUACAACCGGCGACGUAGUCAUGAAUUCUUUAAACAACAAUGUCAAAGCCGUUCAACAACCACCGGCGCAGCUGAGCCAUCCUCUCGCCGGUCUUCCACCCCAUCCGGCCGACGACAGUGGCUUUCCUCAUCACUCGCUCCUCGGUACGAACCUUUCUCAAAGUUUUUUCCCGGAUUUUACCACCUCUCCGUUCCCCGUGCCAGUUAAUAUGAUACAUCUUCUAACACCGAGCGAACAAAAAGCUUUCGAGCCUCCUCCGAAUCCCGGUGGUGGUAACAGCAAUGCCAGCGGAAGCAACAGCGGUGGUACCGGUACCACUGGAAAUGGUACCACCGCGGGAAGUUCUGGUACCGCAGCAGCGGCUGCCGCAGCCGCCGCCGCCGCUGCUGCCGCCGCUGCAGCUGCUGCCGUUGCCACGGCUUCGAGCGCUCCGGAACACGGCUCGUCUCAUAGUAGUCGGACGCCCUCGCCGGUAGACCAUCAUCACCAUCGUCACCGUCAUCAUCACCAUCAUCAUUAUCAUCACGAGUCGCUGCAACCGCAGCCUUCGCAGUCGGCACCGGCGUUGCUUCAACAAAAUGGCUCGGAUUAGUGGAGAUGAAAACGGUAGGAGAAAAUGAGGAGGGCGGGGGGGGGGGGAGAGAGAAAGACAGGCAGACAGACAGACAGACAGAGAGAGAGAGAGAG